AUGUUUGCGGAAAGCGAGAGGCACGCCGCUCGCGACCGCCGCGCGCGCCGCCGCCACCGCCAGUCGAGCGAUGCGAGGCCGCGCGGAGCGGCAGCGACGCUGCCCGACGCCGGCACGCCGGCGACGCCGCCACCGCCGGCCGUCCCCGAGCCCAACGAGGUCUGCCGCCGCCGCCGUGAGGAGAACGGGCUGUGCCGCUGGGCUGGGGCCGAAGAGCGGCCGGGCGACGAGGCGCUGCCCGCCCCCGCACCGCCCACGACGCGCCCCCGACGCCCGCGCCCACUCGCCCCUGCCGCCGCCGCAAUCGCCCGCGCCCGCGCCCGCCCCCGCCGUCCUCGCUCCGCCACCGCUCGCCAAGCUGGACAAGAAGGACAAAAGGAAAGCGAAAAUGCGUCAGGUGGAAUUGAAUCGCUGCGAGUUUCCCACUUCGAAAAGCUACUAGAAGCCACGGAACCUUGUUCUGACAAGAAGGAUAGGCUAGAAAAUUGCUGUGAUCACAAGCAUUUAUCAUAG